CAUCGGUCGGUGCGGAUGCUUUUUCGGUUGUGCUCCGUGUUAUUUCGCUUUUUUCGGUGAUAAUUGUUUAAAUAAACACGAACAUGGAUAUAGAUGGAAUGUGAUGUGUUUGACAAAUCAGUGAAACUUCGAAACGAUGGAUGCCUUACAGGAUUACAGUGAAAUGAAGUAAAAAAUACGGAUAAUCUGAAAGUUUCCCUGCGACCAGCAAACUCUGACUUCCGAACGAAGAGCUCAAUCGAGACCGUUCGUGUGUGUGAGUGAAUUUGAAGCGCCGCUUUUCGGUUGCUAUCUGCUAUUCGUUUUCGUCUUCGGGUGACGAUGGUUUGUGAAUCGCUCGUUCGUUCGUUCCGUCGCUCAUACGAGGAGCAGCAGUUAAGUAAUGGCGGAUGUGUUUAGUGCUUAGUGCUGUGUAAAAUGACUUUUUCGAAAGGAUUUCAUUAAUCAAGCAAACCCAAACCGUGCUAAAAUGGAUCUGCAAAGUGUGGAGAGCAGGAAUGUUCUGACUUCAGAACUAUAUUUCCUGAUUUCCAAGUUUUUGGCCAAUGGACCGUUGCGGGAAACGGCCAAGGUUUUGGCCCGCGAAUUGGAGCAUUUAAAUAUUUUGCCGCGCCGCCUGGAUUGGACCGGACAGGAACAUCGCCAGACGUUAGAGGAGCUGGAAAGACAAUACCCCCACGUUGGACCGCAACAUCUGCUGGAGUUAUGUUCCCGUAUAGGACCCAUCUUGGACAAGGAGCUGACCCCGGCCGUUUCGGGGGUGCUGUCGCUGCUGGGAGCCGGCCGUCAGAGUGUACUGCGCACGAAGGAAAGCGUAACUCGACCCCGCCAGCUGGUAGACUACUGUACCCGGUUGCACCAUAUGCCACUGGCGGAUGCGAACCACCGGAACAAUACCCACAAUAUUGUGAAAGUGCUGUACGGACGGGAAAGUGCUGGUCCUAUCGUGCGCAACCUGGCGAUACCUACCUCAUUCUAUGCGAAGCAAACCUUACAGCGGCAAACUUUGGGCCAUCUGUCGGCCGUUUAUUGUGUGCUGUUCGAUCGAACAGGGAAGUAUAUCAUAACCGGGGCCGAUGAUCUGCUGGUCAAACUGUGGAGUGCAAUCGACGGGAGAUUGCUGGCGACGUUCCGGGGGGCGUCCGCUGAAAUUACCGAUAUUGCUAUUAAUCUUGAUAACACGAUGCUGGCGGCAGGGUCGCUCGAUCGAAUACUGCGUGUGUGGGAUCUACAAUAUGGAGGACCGAUCGCUGUGCUGUCCGGACACACGGGAAUGAUUACCUCGGUCAACUUCUGUCCAUCGCCGAAAGCUGACCUGCGUUACUUGGUUACUACCAGCACGGACGGAUCGGUUGCUUUCUGGGAAUACAGCACCCGAAGUGGAAAGGCUUCGUUCAAUUCGAAACCCGUCAUGUAUCACGAGAAGUUGCGUCCCGGUCAGGCACAAAUGAUCUGUGCAUCUUUUUCACCGGGUGGAAUAUUUCUGGCAGCGGGUUCCGCUGAUCAUCACGUUCGAGUGUAUUUGAUGGGAGAGGAUGGUCCGAAGCGUAUACUGGAAACGGAGUCACAUUCGGACACCGUGGAUUCGAUUCAGUGGGCCCACAAUGGGCUGAAGUUUAUUUCUGGCAGCAAAGACGGAACUGCUUUGAUAUGGCAUUUCGAAACGCAACAGUGGAAGUCGUCCCGUUUGCAUAUGACGGAAAAACUGCCGAGUUGUCCGGCACCAUCACCGGAGGAAAACAGUAAACCGAAGGUCACGAUGGUUUCGUGGGAUAACACCGACGAUUGGGUUAUCACUGCGGUCAAUGAUUUCACUAUCAAGAUAUGGAAUGCGCAUACUUUUAAGUUGCACAAGGUGCUACGGGGGCAUACCAACGAAAUUUAUGUGCUAGAGUCCCAUCAGAAGGAUUCCGGAGUUUUGCUGUCGGCUGGUCACGACGGUCAGCUGUUCAUAUGGGAUAUCGUCCGGGGAGAGUCCCUGGCAAACUUUCUCAAUCACAUCGACGGACAAGGCGAUGGAGGAAUUUUCGAUGCCAAGUGGUCACCUGAUGGGAACAUGAUUGCCGCUACCGAUUCUCACGGUCAUAUUCUGAUGUUCGGUUAUGGUUCCGGUCACGAAAGAUUGAAACAACUGCCAAAGGAACUUUUCUUCCAUACCGACUAUCGGCCGUUGAUACGCGACGUGUCGCAUCACGUGAUGGACGAACAGACGCAGACGAUGCCUCAUCUGAUGCCACCGCCGUUUCUGGUGGACAUUGACGGUAAUCCAUAUCCGCCUGCCAUGCAACGAUUGGUCCCGGGACGGGAAAGUUGUCCUACUGAUCAACUGAUUCCAAACAUCGGGCUCGGAGUUGAGCAGGAAUCGGCCCAGGAGGGAUCUUAUUCAAACAUCGACCGAAUGAUUGAGGCGUUGGCGAAUCGGCAAGCUCCUGCGGAUGAUGUCAACCAGGCUCCGGAUUCGAACAACGAUCGUGAUAAUCGCAUGCGAAAUGGAUUACAGGACGGACAACCAAAUGAUCCAAAUCGUCCCAUCGGACUUUCGCAGCAAGGAUUUCAACGGUUCAGCGCUGGUAAUUGGCACCGAGACGGUAGCUACAAAUUUCACCGACGCCAGUACGUGCGCCCCAUGAAUCAUUCCAAUCUUCAACAUCUCAAACAGAAGAUUUACGCGGCCGGACUUCAGGAACACGAACAGUACAGAAGAGAGAUGCGUCGUCGACCUCUGAUGAUCAAUACAUCGAACAACAGUGGCUCGACUGGGCAAGCCAACCGCCGUUCUGGUGGUGGUCGCAACAAUCCCAAUCAACGGGUUUCCCGGAGAGCCCAUCCCAAUGGGGAUCCGAAUGGAAGAGCUCAACCAGCGUACCGUACCCGAGCAGUUCGGGAAAACGAACCCGAACCGGAAGCUCCGGAGCAGCACGAAUCUUCAUCGUCCGAAACGAGCAAUAGUGACGAUUCAACGGCCAUCGAGGAAGAGUUAGAUCUUUCGGCAUCGUCUAGUUCCGAUUCGGAAAGUUCCGACUAUUCCGAUUGGGUUUCACACGAACCGGGACGCAAUUUGGAACCGCCGAAACGAUCCAAACGUAAGCACGUUCAACGGCGGGCUUACUCACCACCAGAAAUUGAACAACCUGGACCGAGCAAUUGUAACCGUCGGCCGAAGAUACGUAAAAUCCCCAUUACACGGGACGGAGAAAUCCCGGAACAAUUUCGUCCGCCGGAAUGGCUGAGCGAAGUUAUCCCCCGGAAGGCUCCCUACUAUCCGCAGAUGGGUGAUGAAGUGGUUUAUUUUCGGCAAGGCCACGCCCGUUAUUUGGACGCCGUGCGCAGCAAAAAUGUUUACAAUCUAGGAAACAAAUGCGAACCGUGGGGUUCGAUCGAAUUGCGGGAUCACGAAUUUUGCAAGGUCAUCGGUAUCAAGUAUGAGAUAAGGCCACCGCGUUUAUGCUGCCUCAAACUGGCCAUCAUGAACGACGACAGGGUACAAACCGGGCGAUCAUUCGUAAUCAAAUAUCACGACAUGCCGGACGUGUUAGAUUUUUUGGUUUUGAAACAAACGUUCAUUACCUCGGUCCGUCGGAACUGGGGUAUCGGAGACCGUUUCCGUUGUAUGAUAGAGGACGUUUGGUGGCUGGGGCAGAUCGAAUCUCACAAUCAGUUGUCGGAUGAUUUUCCCAAUUCGCUAUUCAUGUGUUUCCGCGUCCGGUGGGACAAUGGCGAGUAUGAGUUCAUGAGCCCCUGGGAUCUGGAACCGGUGGAUGAAAACCGGUUACCGACCGAGGUCGGUGGAGCCGUUCCCGUUUUACCGGAGGAACUAAGAGCAACGUUGUAUCAACCCAAAGCAGAAGAGUGGCCACGCGGUGAUCGAGAUGCAUCCUGUCGGCGGAUAAUUGCUGGAAUGGAACAAGUUAUGGGACUGGCUAUAGCGGAUCUAUUUCUGGCACCAGUUGACCUCAACAUUUACCCGGAGUAUGCCUUCGUUGUGGAGUAUCCGAUUGAUCUGAAUACGAUCAAGGCUCGGUUCGAAAAUCAUUUCUACCGACGAAUUACUUCGGCCCAGUUCGAUGUACGAUAUUUGGCUACAAAUGCGGAAAAGUUCAAUGAAAGUCACAGUAACAUAGUCAAGCAUGCCCGAAUCAUUACCGAUCUUUGCUUGAGGAUAUUAGGCGAUUUGAACACGGUGGACGUUCCGGCCGUAUACCAUCAACUAGCCGACACUUACGUUUCAUCAGACUCGGACAGCGAUGGGAACCAACCGGGACCGUCUACCAGUACCAGUACCCGACGACCACCGACCGGAUCGAGGAGAUCUCGCCGCUUGGUACCCGAAGGUGACUGGCGUGUAGACUGCCGGGAACUGUUGGAGAUGAUAUGGCAGUGUGAUGAUUCGGAACCGUUCCGGGAACCGGUGGAUACAAUCCAACAUCCAGAUUAUCUGCAAAUAGUCGACACACCGAUGGAUCUUCGCACGAUAAAGGAAGACCUACUGGGAGGAAACUACGAGUCGCCAUUGGAUUUCUGCAAAGAUAUGAAACUUAUAUUCCAGAAUUCGCGCAACUACAACACAAACAAACGGUCCAGGAUCUAUUCAAUGACCCUCCGGUUAAGCACCCUAUUCGAGGCUCACGUUAAACCAAUUAUCUACAACUGGAAGUCGGCUCGAAGGCGUGGCAAAGCGAACGCAGCCAAACGAACCAGUGGCAGUGGGACGACCGGAGCAGCUGGAUCCAGCUCUGGGACACCAAAGAACCGUCGAGACGAUCGCACCCGUCCGGGUACCAGUAGUGGAGGUACAACCGGUUCGAGCCGACGUUCCAACCAGAGUCAUAACACAACGGGAUCGUCAUCUAGGACGCGGCCUUCUGAUGAUGACGAUGAGGAUAAUGAUGAGGAUGAUGAAAGUCCGAAGAAAAGGCCUACCAGAAACGGAACGGCUAUUAUUGCAACGACAGCAGCUAGGAAGGGCCAGUCAAGCAGCAGCUCAAACGGGGUAUCGUCGAGUAGUAAUAAUUUGUUGCUCAAUGCCCAGCCUGGUUCCAGUCGGAGUAGAACGGGCACUUCCGGUACGGUGAAUGCGGCAUCUACCAGUCGCACAACGAGAAGAUCUCAGGAAACCGAAGGUGAAGACCGAACUGCCAGUAGUGUUGAGUCGGAAAGCUCAAGUGAUUCAAGUGACAGUAGUGACGAUAGUGCAGGUGUUCCAGUGUCAUACCGAAGAGACUAUGAUUCGGGAGAUAUCUAUGAUCCUUACAAAAGGAAACGAAGUAAGAAAGCGAAACCUAAAAAGGACAAACGAAAUUCUAGUAGCAAGAACAUAGUAAGUUCAUCGACGGCUAAAAAGAAGCCAUCGACGGCGAGUACAGCCCUAAGUGGAGCAGGUCCCUCUAGAUCAGAUGAUUUCGUAUCCAGUAGACAACAGAUAGCGCAAAGACAAAGGAAUGGAAAUGCGACUGUGUCUGCCAUUGCCACAUCCAGACAAAUGGAUCGGGUUAUGAACGAUAGAGAAACCAGAGAGGAACGCAAAAGAGAACAAGAACAUGAUAAGCCAAAGAAUACUACCAGUAGUAGCAGUAGUAGACGGACGCUGAGAAGCACAAGGAAUAAUACCGGCAGCGACAGCGAAGAGAAUGAUGCCGGCGAAGGUCCGAGCAGUGGUCGCAGGAUUACCAAAAGGCCUCAGAGAUACGAGUCAGAUCACAGUUAUCACAUGGAACGGCCAAAAAUGUCACGGAUAGUUUCUGACUCGGAACACGAAGAGGAAUCUCCAAGAUCAACCAGAGGAAGCACGAGGCGGGCACAAGCAGAGUGGGGUAAAAGUGAAGACAGCUUGGAAGCUCCGGAUGAUGACGAACGACCUUCGAAUUCACAACCGUCAACCAGAAGGAAACGACCCCGCAACAGGAUAUCCGAUCCGGAACAAAGUCCGGAGGAAACGAGUAACAUUAGCAAACGUGUUCCCUCACAACGUGCCGCCAAUCGAGCAAGAAAUUGGCAGGCAAGCGAAAGCGACAACGAUCCGCAUACACAGAUGCAGUCACCGGAACAGCCUAGUACGAGUUCUGUUUCCGGGUCCUCUCGUUUGCGUAUGAGUCGUACAAAUGGUUCACCCACGAAAUCUCCUCGAAAAACCGAAAGUCGUGUCAUUAAUCGUCGGGUACGCAAUGUGUCUCGAAGUGAACCAUCAGUGACGCCACCUCCACAUACCGUUGACCACAAUUAUGGGGAGCCCUCGUCACGCCGAACGCGAAAUCGACAUCAACUUUCCCGGCACCAACGGAAUGCCGAUGAGUUAGAUAACACACCGGAUGAUCACACCGAAGACGCAACCGAUGAUGAUGUUCCGUUGAGACCCCGGUCCACUACUGGCCAAAUCAGUUCUCGAUUGCGAAGUAAAACCAACUCACCGGCCAAACGAAAGAAGCCAGCGACCUCGGAGGAUGAGCAAGAGGAGGACUCCGACGAAGAAUUUGUUGGUGAAGCGGAAGAAGCUGAAUCCGAAGAAGAGGAAGUUUCGGCAGCCAGCACCGAUGAUGAUUCAGACGACAAUACACCCUUGCGCGUAGCGUCUUCUCAGCCUCGCGGCAGUCGUUCACAAACAGCCAGCAGAAGAAUCACGUCAGGUUCGCAGAAAACAAAUGUUAGUAGCCGAACGAGACAAAGGGAACGGUUUUCAUCGGAAGAUGAUUACGGGGGUCCUGGUCCAUCAAGUUUGCGAAGUACCAGAAAUAUGAAGCGUCCGCACUACAACGAAGAAAGCGAUGAAGACGACGCCACGACUCGGCAGCGACCGAAGCGGCACGCUAUGUUCGGAAGCCAACCGAGCAGUAGCAAUCACCACCACCUGAGGCAAUCGCAGCAACACGGUCCUUCUUCAUCGUCCCAUCGGUCCAAUGGUGAUGCCGCAGUAGCCAGUAGCGGCGAUGGAAGCGAUGGCAACAGUGAAGACAACGAAACUCUAACUAGCGUAAGCAGUCGCGGUCGAGUGCGACGAAUCAAUCCGAAAGCACGGAAAAUAUUUCGCGACUAGUAUCCUAAUCCUGUUUGAACGGAAUUGAUUCACUGCGUCCAUCGUUUUCCCAGUUGUACAGUGCAGUCCUUGUAAUAUAAUCCCUGUUCCAUAGUGUUCUAAGUCGAGAAACCGUUGUUAGAUUGUAAUUGAUCCGUUACUACAGAAGAUUAAGAAGCUAUAAUCGCCGCCACAACGCGUUCCAAUACUGCCACUUAACUACAGCAGUACAGGUUUUCUUUCUAAACAUUUAAGGUGUGUAUCCUUGAAACGUAUUAUUUAUCCAUGGUAGACAGUGUUAAAUUCAAUGUUUACGUUUCUAUGAACCAAUAAACCUACCAUCUCAAGAUCCCAAGAUAGAGAUAUUUCGAAUCAUUCAAUGUCGAAUGAAUAAAAAAAAACCUGUUGCAGAAGAAAGACUGAUCGAAUUCAUAAAAUCGUAUCCUUGUUUGCUUUUUCAAAGCCUAGCAUGAUCAUUUGAUUCAACUAAUGAAAUUCAUAGAGCAAAAGCGCGUUUCGGAGCUAACAUUAUUAGUGAUGACGAACAGACUAGGUUUAAUUUAGGCUAUCGUCAGUCUUAUUUUUCUCCAAACAAAAUCCAGUAUAAGUGUGAAAGUUGCGGUCAAUCCAGAGACAGUAGUUUAGUCGUAACAAAUGUAACUAUUUUUAAUCGCUAAGUUUGCAUAUACAAAUUACAAAACAAAAUCGUGAUUAAUUGCUAGGAGAGAUAUGGCAAGAAGUCGAUUAAAAAAAACGCUAGUUAAGCCAGAGUAAGUACCCGUGAGAAGUUAGAUUAUAAUCUCCACAAAAUGUUGUAAA